UCACGUGACGACGCGGCCAGCUGAUUUCAGUUUGAGCGGUCAUUUCGAGACGAACAGUAGCAAGUAGCAGACAUCGCGCACAUUUAGUAGUAAUUCUUGCAUAUCUACAGCCUCAAACUCUCAGGGAAUAGUCAUGAAAGUAGAAAACCAGAUGACUAGAAGGAGAACAUGCCGUCGCUGCAAAUCUGUGUACAAGCAAUGCAAGCCCAGCGUGAGGAAAGCCCCCGACAUCUGGGCACUCCCGGAAGAACUGCAACUCCUCAUGCUUAGGUACCUCCCAGCAAAGGACCUUGCCAAUAUGAGACUGGUCCACUCAAGCUUCAAGCAGCUAGUAGACAACAACCCUACGCUAUGGGUGAACACUAACUUUGGGGGCAUCUGGCCCAGUCCAGCCAAUGUGGAACAGCUGAAAAAAAUUGCAGAAUACGGAAACCUGGAGCUACUUAUCAAGUUGGGAGUGGCCUAUCUGUACAAUGAAGGAUUUCCCGAAAUCGAGGGUGAGCAGGCGAGCAGGAACGGUGUCCGUGCAGCCGAGUUCUUCAUGAAGUCAGAGGAGCUGGUCCGAGCGGCAGGCACCCCACCCUUCACCUGGCUCUUCAUCCGGCCUCCAUGGACCACGACCGGCACCUGCUGCAAGUCACUCGCUUUCAAGACUAUCAAGGACCAGGCAGCUAGCUCAGAGAAUACCAGUCCAGCCUUGCCAUUCUGCAUAGCCAAAGCACAAGGACUCUUUGAUGACGAGGAAGAGCGGUCAGAGGCAAUCAAAUGGUUUGAGAAGUCAGCCAACAUGGGAUCUGAGUAUGCCACCUUUACUAUGUGGGAGCUCAGGCACAAGGACCAGAUGAUCGAGCCUGUAGGUAGCAGACAUGCUGUUAGACUGCUACGAGAGAUUACUGCUUCUGGCUCCUGGCAGGCACAGCUGGAACUGUGCAAUGGAUAUGCCAAGGGUCUGUACGGCGGUGUGUGCGCUGCGCAGGCGGCUGAGGUGGUCAGACAGUUCGUGCUGUCCUCCCAGCCCUCCUACAGCCACAGGAUCUUCGAGAUUCAGAAAGGCAUGAACAACAUCAUGAGAUUUAUCUUGGUAGACUGGUUGGUGGAAGUUGCUUCCAUGAAGGACUUCUCGACACAGGUGCUUCAUGCGGCCGUGCGCUGCGUGGACCGUUACCUCAUGACACACAAGACUCCGCGCUCCAAGCUGCAGUUGGUGGGGGUCGCUUCCAUGGUGCUAGUAACACGAUAUCUUGCCAAGGACAUCCUGACAGUCCGUGAGGCCGUCUGGCUGACAGACAACACCUACAAGUACGAGGAUGUGGUCAGGAUGAUGGGGGAGCUGACGGCCACGCUUAGGGGAGAAAUCAGGGCCCUGACCUCAGCAGACUACUUGGACCUGUUCUUCAAGCUGCAGUUGCUGGACCAGAGGACCAAGUGUCUGGCAGCCUACAUCUGUGACCUGGCCCUGCUGCAGACGGAGAUCAUGGGCACCUACAGUCCUGCCGUCAUUGCUGCAAGUGCGCUGCUGCUAGCCAAGAUGACUACCAACAAAGAUGCUGAACUAUGGUCCAGUCACAUGACACAGUUCACUGGCCUUCAGGUCGUGGACCUCCUGACCUGCACGCUUCAGGUCUACCACAAGUGUUUGUGCCAACCCCCGCCACGGGAUCACCACAAUAACCCCCUGACCGCGGUCAGGCAGCACUACGGCGACGAGCGCUUCUGCAAGGUCAGCGAGAUCGAGCUCCUCAGCAACAACGAGCUGAUAGCAAGGCUGGGAUUGGACAGCAAUGUUGCAGCAGAGCCAAUCACGGCUGACUUUGCAAACCAGAAGUUGAACAUAGACAUCCUGGGAUCCUCUCCAAGACCAGUCAAGAGUGCAAGACCCUGCCCUGACCAAGAGGCAGACCGCAGCACCAUGGUGACGCCCAUCAUGGAACUGUCCAUGGACAACUCUGGGUACGAGGGAGACAUGGAGAGUGAGGGAGAAUACCUGGACAUGUCCGAUGAGGAAAUGAGUGAAGAUGACCACGGAGAAGACGAGGUGUGCACCUGCUGCUCAGCAAGUGCCUCAUCUGACAACGCUUCUGAUUGGCUGGAUGUCAUCAGCCCCACCGCAGCUAACAAACCAUUGUUCAGGACACAGAUCGCUGUUGACCAAUCCAUGACCAGUAUGGACGUCUCCAUGGAGACCCCCAGUCAGUUUCUCCAGGACUUUAACUCCUUUGACAUUGAGGGUGCUAGUAACAGCUCUGGGGUGUACCAUGAUGAAAUGGGGGAGGCGACGGCCAAAGUUUUCCAGCCACUGUCUAAGGGCAUGAGGAACAUCACGAUACGUGCGCGCCGCAGGGCCAGCUCUCCCGAGUCGUCGAGUCCAUGUUCAAGUGCAUGCUCCAGCCCCAGAGCGCCUCUACGGGCCCUACAGAACAUCAGCCAGGAUGUUGCCAAUGCAGUUCUACCUCAGAAGAAAUCAGUCAAGAGAAAGGAGUGUGCUUGACUUGAGCUCUGAGGAAAAUGUUUCAGAUACUGUGUAGGCCAGCAAAUAACUGCCAUGUGUGAUAGAACAGUAGUUGUGUUUGGCAUCAUGAUCUGCAUGCAAUACCAUUUGUAGAUGUGUUUUGAGAGGCUGAAGUUUUCUGCCAAAAAGUUGACAGUUGUAGCUAUAAGAAAACUUAGGCCUUUGCAAUACAUACAUGUACAAGUAGAACUGUAUCCCAGGCAAUAGUGAAGGCUUUGUUUUCAAUACAGCAUCUAGGCAGUAGUUCUCAAUGUUACAGACUCUGUGCCAUACUUUUGUUUGGCUGCUAGUGUUACUAUCCAUGUUUCUUUGUGAAUUCUGGCAGCUUUCAUUUGUACCAGUACAUAUAUUCCAGAUUACAUUCUAUGGUCUUUCAAUACUCAUGGUGAUGGCAGCUGUCUUAAACUCCAAUUGUAUAUGUCUAUAUCGAUAGACUUGAAUAAUACAAAUAUUUCAUUCAAUACCAAAGUUUUUCUUCACAUGUCUUGUCAUGUGAGAUAUCAGUAGGUUGUGAUUGAUGAUCUGCAAAUUCAUUGUGGAUACUUUUUGCAAGGAAAUAUACAAGAAUGCAGAGCUUGAGGUUGUCAUUUAGAUUAUUGUGACAAAUAUGCUACUAAUGGUAUCCUUUGAUGUAAGCAAGCUACAAAAGUUUAAUAUGAUUAUGUGUGUUGUUGAGAGAAAUCUAAUCACAACACAAAGCAAGGUGGAAAAUGAUUUUGAUAAUUGAAAAAGCCAAACAAAAAGAUGUACCAAUAUUUAACAUAUCUUCAGCUAAAAUGACUUUCAGUAGAUUUACUGACAUCAAUAAGGCAGUACAUAGACUUGGACUGAAUUCAUAAAGUACCAAAUGAAGUUGGUCAUGUGUAGUUUGUAUCUGACAUUUAUGGUGCUCGAAAACACUUUGGUGCAAUGUCAGGAUUUGAUAUCAUUUAUAUUGUGUAGAAGGACAUGACAAUGAAUUUUCAUUUGUGACUAUCAAAUAUGCAGUUUCUAAGAAUUGAACUGUCACAAUAUUCUUAAGGUAUACUUAUCAGGGCUGUCCACACUUUUUUCCCCAUAAUUUGUACAUAUUUUGUUAACCCUUUUGGUCUAGAUAUAGGAUAUUGAUAAUUUUGAAUUCUCGUUUCCAAGUCAGACUUGCUAUUUGUUACAAUGUGAUGAAUGUAUAUUGUUACCCUUGGCAAUGCUGUCUUAUGGUGUAACCAACAUAGUUUGGUGUGUGAGUUAAACAAGACUAGCCCAGCCUAUAUUAGGAGAGAAACUUAUAUACUUGCAAAGCAGACAUAGGCUUUAGAUGACUAGAUCUAUGUAAAAAUGUUUCCAUAGAGAACGAUAGCUUUGGUGCGAUAGGUUGCAUUAACAAUUUGCUGCUUGGCUAGUUGCAUGCCACGCUGCUCUUUAGCAAGAAGCUUUGGUGCAAUGAGGCAGGAUACUUUGUGUCUCCAGCCUUGCCACGAUAUAUUAAUAUGAUCUUCACGUUUUGCACCCAGCUUUAUUGUAUAUACAAGUCAGACAUGCAGUUCUUCAAAUAACAUUCCAAGAUAUUCUCAUAAGAAUGGUAAGCAUAAAUCUGGUUAUUUUCAUGUAAACUUCAGGGAGAAUCCAACCUAUUUUUGUACGCUCCAUAUCAUCAUUUGUACGUUCCACACCGUUUUCUAUUAAAUGGAAUUUCUUGUACCCUUUUUUCCAGUGUAUACUUUAUUCCAACUGUUGGGCAAAACAACUUGUCAGAUGUAUAAUUGUACAUGUACCUCUGAUAAGCAAUAUGAAAAACCAAUAAUUUUGUAACAAUCAAAGUUACUUCACAUGUAUCGGAGGCUAAUUAUACAAUUUGCACCUAAGCUAUAAAUAUACUGAGCUGACUUCAUGUUGAACAUUACUUCAAGGGAAUGUAAACACAUAGCAGUCAUUUACAGGAACAUACAAAAAA